CACCUCGAAGAACUCUUCCAAAACUUCCCCCGAGCAAGUUCCUCGGGAUGCGCGCUGCUUUGCUGUGAUUGGCUGCAGGGUGUCAGCUGAUGCAAAAUGGCGGCGGUGCUGGGUUGCCGGGUCCGCCACCGCGUCCUUCCAAUGUCACGUGCUGUGUCACCAGGUUUUGCCUCAAUAGUGUCCGUUUUAAUUCAAAAACGGAAUACUCAUCAUGUUGUUAUUCCCGCUGGUAAAGGUGGCCGAUCAUCUUUUAGUGGGAUUGUGGCGACAGUUUUUGGAGCAUCUGGAUUUCUUGGACGAUAUGUGGUAAACAGACUUGGACGGAUUGGCUCUCAAGUAGUGAUCCCAUAUCGCUGUGAUCCAUAUGAUGUUAACCAUCUCAGACCCAUGGGUGAUCUUGGACAGCUGACUUUUCUAGAAUGGGAUCCCAGAGAUAAAGAUUCAACGAGACGAGCUGUCGGAUGUUCCAAUGUUGUUAUUAAUCUUGUUGGAAGGGAGUGGGAAACUCAUAACUUUAGGUUUGAUGAUGUACAUGUCAAAAUUCCACAAGACAUUGCUCAUGCCUCCAAGGAAGCUGGAGUUGAAAAAUUAAUCCAUGUUUCUCAUCUGAAUGCUGACAUAAAGAGUAUUUCAAAGCUCCUAAGAACAAAGGCUGUCGGAGAAAUGGCUGUGAGAGAAGAGUUUCCAGAUUCCAUCAUCAUCAAACCAUCUGAAAUAUUUGGAAGAGAAGACAAAUUCCUAAAUUAUUUUUCACAAAUGCGUUGGUUUGGGCGUGCCAUACCACUUAUUUCUAUGGGCAAGAAGACUGUGAAGCAGCCUGUAUAUGUGGUGGAUGUGGCUAAAGCAAUUGUAAGUGCUAUUAAAGAUCCCGAUUCGAGUGGGAAAACAUAUGUUACAGUUGGGCCCCAUCGAUACCUUCUUCAUGACCUUGUGGAAUAUGUAUAUGCUGUUAUGCAUAGACCAUUUAUUUCUUACCCAUUGCCAAGACCUCUCUAUCACUUGGCAGCAAAGCUGUUCGAACUAAACCCAUUUGAUAAGUGGACAUCACGAGACAAAGUGGACAGGUUGCACAUCACAGAUAUGAAGUAUACUGACCUUCCUGGACUGGAGGACCUGGGAAUUAUCCCAACACCCAUUGAACAAAAAGCAAUUGAAGUUCUCCGACGUCAUCGCAGGUACCGCUGGUAUAGUGCUGAUGUAGAGCAUGCAAAACCAGCAACACCUGUGAAUUACUGAUUCUCCAGAAGACACCCCACCUACUUAUCUAGUAAAUGUACAUAAGUUGAAAUGCUUGGAUUUAAAUAAAUAUAUAAAUAGAACUGCUUUCCUUGUGCUCUAUUAAGUGGAUAAGGUUAAGAGGGUAAAGUAUCUUUGAUUUGUUACAACAUUCACUUGUGAUACGACUGUAAGUUUGGGUGUCAGUGGUGUCACUUACUGUGCUGUCAAAGUAAUCGGUCCAGCUGUACACAGGAUCGUGGGCACAGAAUCAGUAUUGCCAUUUCAUUGUGUUCAGAGUAUGCUGCACUUUUGUGCUUUCUAGGUGCUCUGACUUAGGAUCAAGAAUUUGUUUCUCAGUGAUAACAGGCUUGAUCCAUCAACUGGCUAUAAAACUGGAGUAGGUUAUUUAAUGAGCCUAUUUUCUCAUUCAUUGAUCUGUGAUCUAACUCUAUAUCCCCUAGUAUCUGGUUAAUAAAAAUCUCAUAAAGAUGUAAACCAAUAUUUUAGCAUUAACUGUCAUUUUCAAAUAUGACCUUAUGCCAAAUUUCAGAUGUAGAAGUCUUCAAUUUCACUCCUGAAAUCCCUCCUUCAGUCUUAAAACCAUCCAAGAUGUCAGCGCUCUGCAUUUCAUCCUCUUCAGAAUUUAUUUCCUUAAUUUAGUAGUUCCACUAACUUUAGGACCCAAGCUCUAAAGUUGCUUCCCUUUGUUGCAUGUCUUUUGUCCUUUAAGAAGCUCCUUAAAACCUGCUUCUUUGAUUACUAAGCCUUGAUUAUGAUUAACACGACAACAACAGAUAAAUAGCAUGCACACUGCAGAUGCUGUGGUCAAAGCAACACGUAUGUCUAAUUUUGCUCAUGUGUAACAUGGUGGAUGAUAAUUGGCCAAAAAUCAAGUUGUAUUGCUUUUUAAAGGCUAUAUACUGAUUUUGGGACAAUAAGUUCUAUUUCUUGCUUUUUUUUUUAAUGUUAGGUUGGCUUCUGCAGUUUCCAAAUACAUGAUUUUUAAAUUAAAACACUUCACGUUAUUAAAGCUCAUCUGGAAUGUCCUCAUUUACUUUAUGUAAAAUCCCAGCAUGGAUGGAGUCAGGUUCUUGAAUUAGUCACAUUAGUUUCAUUGGUUUUUUCCCAAAUCUAUUGUACAUGUUCAUUUCAGUGGCACUCUAUGCCUAAUUGAAAAUUGGUUGAAAAUGCAAUGUCAUUCUGUUUAAAUACUCUGGUAAAUUUAAUUUUUCAACAUGUCUACAAGACUUUUACAAUAGUUUCCAUAUUAUCAUGUUCUUUUGUGUUGAUUUUAAUAUCCUUUAUAAUUUCCUUAACUCACUAUAUUGAGCUUAUGCUAUUAGUUUUGUAAAGUUUGGUUAGUCUUAAGUCAGUCUUGAAUCUAGAAUCUUUGUUUCUCAUUGUUCAGUAAUAAACAUAUUAAAUGUG